AUGAUCUGCUCAAGUUGCCGACGGUCUUUACUCACCCGUAUUCGAUACCCUCCGCCUUCAUCUCUGUUCAGCAUUCGACAUGCGUCCACCGUUCCCGCUACACCCAAUGCUGCCCCGACCCAAGCGCCUCCCUCGAUUGCCAUAGAAGGCGCGAAUCCGGUGCACUCGUCCAAAACGGCGGGGAUCUCACAGCCACUCUCCGAACCACACACCCCCUCGACCUCGAGCGCGAAGACGGGAUCCUCAUCCUCUUCCAAAGAUACCGGAAAGAAACCUGCAAAAGUCAAGAGUUCGGUCCCUGGCGGUGAAAUCUUGAAAGGGCUGGGAUAUACGAAGGCGCAGCCGAAUAUAUUGGCAAAGGAGGACCAUGAGUACCCGGAUUGGCUGUGGACGCUGCUCGACGACAACAAGAUGGCCACGGGGGAGACCAAGGUGGACUUGUCAGGUAUGCUUGUUUUCAAGAAUCCCAUCCAUUGGCCGUCUGUCGCGAAAUUGGGCUGGCAGAUCUUCUUUCAAGAGACGCAUGCUAACGAAAAGGUAACUACAGCAAUGACCAAGAAACAACGCGCCAGAUACGAGAAACAGCAGGAAAAACUGCUCAAAGACCUUCCUGUCACCAUUCCUCCGCACGAACAAAGUGCAGACUUGACCCGCCCUGGCGAUGACGCUGUUACCAGUUUACAACGCAGACACGAGAUCACCAAGAGUGCUCGGGCGGCCAGGAGAAAAGCCAUCCGGGAGAGCAAUUUUUUGAAGUCAAUGUAG